CGCCACAAGAACACAUUUUGUGCUACUGCCCAUCUCGGUGUCUGUUGUACCUCGCUCUCUUGCAUCACCUACCUACCUGUCGCCAUGCACCCUCACCUACACUCCAUGUCAACCAUUAUUGGCGAAGCUAUAGUUAACGUGGCCAAAACGCAGACCACAAUAACCAAAACUUGUAUGGUAUACAUAGGUCGCCACAUGCUCUGCCGCCAAUAGAACAACUAAAGCUGCCUCUAUGCACGUGCAAAUGCACCGCUUCCUGCCCCUCCUCUUCUUCUUCUCAUGGCCAUUAAUCUUUCUCCGUGACAACCACCCGCCGGUGCACCAUGCCUCGGACCUCCACCCCAUCGUCCUGCUGCCGGGCCACACCUGCAGCCAGCUUCGCGCGCAGCUCACUUACGAGUACGACGAGACGUCGGCGGCGCCGAGCUGCGGCGCACGCAAGGGGAAGGGGUGGUUCCGGCUGUGGGAGAACUACACGGCGCUGCAGGACCCCGCACUGGUGCCGUGCUACGCGGAGCAGCUGCGGCUGGUGUUUGACCCCGUCGCCGGUGACUAUCGCAACGUGAAGGGCGUCGAUACCCGCGUCGUGUCAUUCGGCACAACGAGCGGCUUCGGCUCCGAUGAUCCAGCCCAAAAGAACCACUGCAUGAGAAAACUUGUGGGGGCACUGAAAGGCGUUGGAUACAAAGAAGGACAGAACCUGUUCGGCGCCCCGUACGACUUCCGGUACGCGCCGGCGCCGCUCGGCCAGGAUGCCCGACAGUUCUCCUACUUCGUCUCGAGCCUGCGGGUUCUCAUAGAGCGUGCGACCGAGACAAACGGGAACAAGCCGGUCAUCCUCGUGACGCACAGCUACGGCGGCUUGACCGCCAUGAAUUUCCUCAACGAGAAUGCCCUGUGGUGGCGCGAGAGGUACAUCAAACACUUCAUCAUGGUCUCCACCGGAGCCGGUGGCAUUGUAGCACCGCUACGGAACCUCGCCUCCGGCAUCAGUUACUGCCAGUCGUCACGGGUCGACGUGCUGUCGUUCAAGAACACCAGCAGGAGCUUCGCGAGCGUGUUCUCGGCUCUGCCAUCCCCCAAGGUGUUCGGCAACACGCCACUCGUCAUCACGCAAGCAAAGAACUACUCCGCCUACGACAUACCGGAGUUCCUUGCGGCCAUUGGUUUCUCCGCAGAUGAGGUUGCACGCUACAAGACGAGGGCCCUGCCAGUGACCUUGAAUUUCAGGGCACCGGGCGUGCCGAUGACGUGCAUCAAUGGUGUCGGCGUGCCAACGGUGGAGAAGCUGGUGUACCGGUACGGCAGCCUCCACUCGGAGCCCGAAGUGGUGUACGGCGACGGCGAUGGGGCGGUCAACAUGGUGAGCAUACAGGCGUUGGACACAGUGAUUGGGGAUGAUCCGGAUCAGGAUUACUACAAGUCCGUUUUGAUUCCCAACGCGACUCACGCCGGCAUCUUAUCGGAUGCUUUCGCUGUCGACCGCGUGGUCAGCGAGAUUCUUGAAGCAAGCCGCGCCAUUUAUUAAGAUGCAGCAUUUGGUUCAGAGUAUUAUACUGCCUUCUGAUCGUUUUGAUUUAAACCAUGUAUGCGAAAAGUUCCUUUGCCUUUUCGCUGUGAGAAUUCUGCACGAACUAUUUUAUCGAGCUUUAUUCUGCAUCUCUGCA